AUGUAAACAGUCUGAACUCUGCAGCCUCCCGUUCAGAAGGCUGCGUGCUGCGUGCCUGCUGAUGAGCUAACCGUUCUGAAGAGCUCGGAGUCUCACAUGCUACUGCAGAUUACUAGACCUCAUGAAUAAUCAAUGCAACCACCCUGAAAGAUUUGCAGUGGCGGGGGAGGGUCGACUGAGAGAGCCUGGGAUCGGGUGACAAUUUGCAGAAUUUAUUUAAACAUUAGCUAAGAAAGAGCAGACUAAGACUCGGUUCUUGUGCAAUUGACAAAGCUGAUAACGUUGUCUGGAAAUGAAUCAUCUCCCUUAGUCGUAUUCAGGAUACGAGCCAGAAUUGUGUUACAAACUUCCUCGGCUCUGAGAGUUUGAGAGUCUGUCAUCGGCGUGUUUUCAGUGCAUCAUUGGGUAGUGUUCUCACUUCUACAAACGGAGCUUAACACCGAUAAAUGCUAACCAAAGCCUGGGAAAGCCGGCUUAUUUGGACUUGGUGUCAAUAGUUUACCCUCAGCUACUGCGGCGAACAGAGAACUGAAAGAAAACUGGUCAUAUGCUUUCUUCUGUUCUGCUACUGUCACUUUCUUUCACAAGCAACAAACCAGCAUUCUGAAGACGUCCGCAUCAGAGGAGCUAGAGGUUCCUGAAUCUCCUGGACGUGGUUCCUGUAGUGUAUCUGCAGUGUGAACCUGCUGGAUCUCAUUGUGGAGCUGGCUCUCCAGAUCCCCUUCCCAUCCUCAUCUUCAAGGGUCUCCAGACCCCUCCUCCGACCCCACAAUUCCACCCCACAAGAUGGGCUCCUUCCGCCGGCCACGCCCUCGCUUCAUGAGCUCCCCGGUUCUCACCGACCUCCCUCGAUUCCAUGCUACCCGCCAGGCCUUGCAGCUUAGCAACAGCACAGCAUGGAACAGUGUGCAGACUGCGGUGAUCAAGGUGUUCCAAAGAGGAGGCUUGCAGACGAGUGAGCUGUACACCCUGAACGAGAGCAUCAGGAGGCUGCUGAAGACCGAAUUGGGCUCCUUUAUCUCUGAUUAUUUCCAGAACCAGCUCCUCAGCAAAGGGUUGGUGCACAUUGCAGAGAAGAUCCAGCUGUACCAGGGUGACAGUCUGCUGCUGAUUCUAUCUGAGACGUGGGACCAAUUCUUCACCGAGAUCCUGCCAACAUUACAGGCUAUCUUCUACCCUGUACAGGGUCAGGAGCUCACUAUCAGACAGAUGGCCCUGUUGGGUUUCCGGGACCUGGUCCUGCUGAAGCUGCCGCUGGACGAGCUGCUGCCCUGCAUUCAAGAGCAGGCCCUCCUUCCUAUCACACAGAUGCUGCUCAUCCUUCAGGGGAUCCAUGAUCCCAGCGGUCCCUGUGAGGAGUACUCCCAGCUGGAGAGGCUGGUGGAACGUGUCGUGUCUCCUUAUCUGGGGAGCUGCCUGGACAGGACAGGAGCACCCUGUCUGCUGGAGAGCCAGAUGUCCAAGUCUCAUCAGAAGGUGGUGGGCCUGAUGCAUUAUGGGCCUGAGAUCGUGAUUACCCAGCAUGCCCCAGACUCUCUGGCGCCCCUGGUGGAGUUAGAAGGAGAGGCGUAUCUGGAGAAGCUGGGUGGGGUCCGGAGGCACACCAUUGCCAAUGCACACUCCAACCUCCAGCUCCUUGCUGUCGCCUCCAUGAUGCAUUCUGGGAUGGUAGAGGAGGACAAACCGACACUGUCAGCAAGCCCCACAUCACUGAGAGCCAGAGGGGACUGGUCAUGAUCUCAAUGCAGGGCUCCCCUGAACUGAGCUGCCCAGCGCCUAGCUAGAACCUCCCCAGGACCACUGCUGUCCACACACCUAGUGAUGGGACCAGGUCGGCCCAAACCUUCGUAAGGAAGUUGUGCCUACAUGGAAUGGUUCAGACCUGGGUUCAUCUACAGGAGAGUUAGUGAGGUGGAGGGUCAAGACCUCCUCUAGUGGUCCCCUCUCCUCUUUGUAUCUGCAGGAUCAGUACAGGCACUCAUUCUAUAAAGAGACCCUCAGCUGAGGUGAGGUUUGGAACAGACCACACACAGAGGGAUGUUAAGAGAACAAAGAUAAAUAUAAGUGCAGGUCCUCUAACUAACAUCUUGAAUACUGCAACCCUGCAGUUCUGGCAUGUCUGACUUGAUCACACAAGGUAGAGGCCAAUUGUUAUAAAUAAGAAAUACAAGAAACUAGCAAGAAACAAGUUGUGUUGGAUCUGGCUAGUUUUAUACCAUUAUAACGAUGGUAUUCCUCUGAUAAUUUGCCUUUACUUAAUUGUACAAUGGAACUAAUUGGUGAAAGAAACCUGAGAGCACUGUAAUACAGAGGCCGGCAAAGAUUCUCUCAAAGAUCUUUGGACGUGUUCAGUAAUUGGAGAGAAGAAUUAUUUCUGAAUAGCUGUGUUUUUAAGAGGGACUUGGAUCCCUUUUGGAAAAUAAAGAUCUCGACUUAUUCAUCCUGUGAUGAUAGUGACUGGUCAGCAGCAGCAGAUGGAAGGAAGCACUCAAAUUAUCCUCUACUGUCUUCAAUACAGCACCCUGGCCCUGCUUUCUGUGAUGUUAAUGUGUGAGUUUACCUGCUCUUCUCUUCUGUGGUCUCCUGCGUCCUUCAGAGGAAGCAGACUACUCCAGCCCCUGGUUGACAAGGCUGCUGUCCCCUGUCUGCUACUAACAGCUACCCGUCCUGUCCCCACCUCCCUCCUCCAGACUCCUGGGUAGGACUUCAGUCAGACACAGCCUCCAGCCUCCCUCCUCCCUCCUCCCUCCUCCAGACUCCUGGGUAGGACUUCAAUCAGACACGUCAAGGACUAACAUUGGUGUGUCUAAAAGUUUCCCAACAUUAUGACAGCAGUUUUUUUCCCCAGCACAACAGUAGUCCUAUUUCUGGAUUCCUAAUAAACUCUCUGUGUGAAGCAGAGUGUCUGUCUCAUGUCUAGCACACUGUCAUGUGUAUUGGGAAUCUGUAAAGGUUGGAAGUUAGUUUUUAGUAUAUUUAUUUUUAGUAUAUUUAUUUAAAAAUAAGUACUUCAUUAUGGUCUUCAGUUGUAACUUUGGUUAACUCAACAGAUUUUUAAGAUUUGUCUGUGGCUUUGAGAUGUCAAAUACUUCCCUGACGUGACGCUGUUGGGAGAACUUUCAGAUCCAUCAAUGGAACAGCCAGAUCCUGAGCGAAGUGACAAGCGUGGAAACUGCUAAUGCCAACUCAGAACAAGAUAAAUACAUUAAGAACAAAUACAUUAAAUGAAAUUCCCUUAGAAGAAAACAAAUCUAUAGAUUACUAUAGAAGAAGUUCUAUUUUUCUAUCUUUCUACAGAUCUGCAAAACCAGUGAUUAAAGUCAAUAGAUUCUGUAGGAUUCUGAAGGUUUUUGAUGCUAAAUAAACACUUGAACUAAUAAAAUGAGAUGCAUGUACAUAUUCCUCUCCCAGAACUGCCGCUACACACAUUGGGAAAUAUUUGAAGCCUGAUUGUGUUUUUUUUUUAUUAUUAUUUUAAGAAAAAAACUGUUUUACAUUUUUUUUUGUAAUUAUUAUUCUGAAAUCCAAAACAUGUAUUUACAUUAUCCUUUCCAAAUCAAACACAAGAGGGGUUCUGUUGAGCAGGAAUGACUCCAGUGGGUAUUGAUUAUCAUGACACAACCUGCCCAGUGGUUUAACUCCCAGGCCUGCCCUUGCAUUUACCUCAGCAGGCCUUCAGCCUGGCUUGAUAGCCCAUGAUUAAUGGUUUACAAUAUACUUGUAUUUAGAUAUGAAAGAUUUUGUUAACUUUGAAGUCUAAAGUGUAUGUUUUUCUGACUGCUGGUUGGGUCAUUGUGCUUGGUUUUAAACAGGGUAAAGACAACGCUGCCUGCAAAUUCGAAUUUCAUUUAUACUGUCUGACGUUUCAUAUGUUCUCACUAUGCUUUCUGCAUCUUGUCAUGUAUUAAUUUAGUUUUUUUAGUGUGCCCAAUUAUUUGAUCCCACAUUCUCUCCACAAUUUCGCCACCACAACAGCUCAGCAGAACUAGAGGUCAGUGGACGUCCUCCGAUCCCACAACCAAUCCAAUUGCCUCUUUACACCCAGGAACUCGAGAACGGAUGUUGGGGAACUACCGACCUCUGGAAGAUAAAGAGCAGUCCAGCAGGUGUCCAUCUGAGCUCACCAGGCGCCAGACCAGCAGGGUCUGCUGUAGCUUGUCAAUGAAGUCCACAGCUCAUCCACAGUCAUUCAUUCAGACACCACACUACAAACGGUACAAAGUUAGGUUGAGAAAAGUUUUGCUUCAUAGUAUUAUAUCUUUUUGCCAGUUCGGUUUUGCUUUUCAGGCCCCUCCCAGUUUGCUGCACUUUUUUGGCCCAAGUGCCCUCCCUCCUAAAUGAUCUACUUUCAGCAGCGCUGCCUGGCCCUCCCUGCUAUCCUCUCAAUCUACUGUAUUUACUUUCAGCAGCGCUGCCUGGCCCUCCCUGCUAUCCUCUCAAUCUACUGUAUUUACUUUCAGCAGCGCUGCCUGGCCCUUCCUCCCUGCUAUCUUCUCAAUCUACUGUAUUUACUUUCAGAAGCGCUGCCUGGCCCUCCCUGCUCUUCUCAAUCUACUGUAUUUACUUUCAGCAGCGCUGCCCGGCCCUUCCUCCCUGCUAUCUUCUCAAUCUACUGUAUUUACUUUCAGAAGCGCUGCCUGGCCCUCCCUGCUAUCUUCUCAACCUACUGUAUUUACUUUCAGGAGCUCUGCCUGGCCCUCCCUGCUAUCUUCUCAAUCUACUGUAUUUUCUUUCCACCCACAAGGUUCUGUUGUUGUUCUGCUGCUGCCAAGUGCUUUUCUGUUUGUUUGGUUGGUUGCCAGCAUGUCCCUUUGCCAGGGUAUGGAGCGGGUUGAAGCCUGUGGGUAGACCCCUUCCUAGGUAGUUAAAGCUGCAGCCCUCCUACUGUAUACACUUCUUAGAUAGCAUGCCUUGGAUUCCUGAAAAUAUGAUAAAACUACUUGUCCUGUUCUGUUUUAUUAUUUUUGUCUAAUGAAACUAGCUAACAAUUACUCCAUAAGUCUUACCUGUUUUGCACUUCCAUUAGCUUCAUGGGUCUCAAAUGUAGUUAAAAAAAUAAACUCCUUAUAGAAAACAUGGUAUCUAGUACUAUUAAGGUAAUUAAAGUUAUCACAUUAUUUGCUUUAUUCUCACGAUAGCUGUUGCACGUGCACUUCAAGGGGCAUUUUACCUCAGCAGUGUCAAAGCGUACUACUGUCUGAAAGCAUGUGAGUCAAUAGGGGAAGCAGCUGGUUGGUUAAUGUCAGGAAAGAAGCCAUUGAAGGGGUGGGGACAAUUUCACCCUCCAGGUCACCAAGCAAUUGCAACACCAACUGAAAGCAUGGCUUGCAAGCAUAGAUUUAUUUGACCUAAUACCAUGUAUUAAAUAAAAAAACAUAUAUGUUUCUUUCAAAACUGGACUGUUGAUACCUAUAUAAUGAAUGAACUGCACAUAAGAUGUAUGGUAGUAUUUUGUUUGCUAGUCUUUUGAAUUUCAAAAACUAUACUGCCCGUACUUCCUGACGACAAGGUUUUCCGUCCCAAUAUUGAAUGAGCUGUAAUCGAUGGUAUACCUGUAUGCCUGGAAGUGGGCAUGCAGCCAGUAUCGGCAUAUACCUGCAUGAAGAGGCCUUCAAGAGA